AUGAUAGUGCUCGUGCCAGAAGGGGGCCAGGAGGGCUAUUUGUUUGCGUCUUUCAGCAGGUCUCUGCCGAAUGUCAACCGAAUGAAGCUGGCGGGGAGAGAUAAGCUGGCAGCACAGCUUUAUCAAGUGGAGAUCACUUCCUUCGAGCUGCUCCAAAGGGCCACUCAGCGCGUCCCCGUCUGGCGCGGUUAUCAAGUUACUCCGAUUGAAAAUUCGAGCGAGAAAAUGCUAUGCUGUAGAUAUGGUCUGCAAACAAAUGCCGGACGAGAUGACAAACAUAAAUUCAUUUUCGUGAGUAGAUUGAGCAAAAGAAGCCUUUGCCAAGAACUGAAUGGGAGGUUUGGGGAUUUUUAUGGCGUAACGGAGGUCUGA